AUGCAAGGCAAGCUCAAGCCCGGGGUCCGUUUCGUUCCGGAAUCAGAGCAGGAGAGAGCCGCUGUGACCUUGCUUCGGAAGCUGAACAUCAUGUCUACCAACAUCUUCGGCUCUGCUGGAAGCCACAAAGACAUGCGGGAAGAGCUCAGAGCCCUUCUUCGCCACUCUGGCAUGCCUAGCUUGUUCGUCACCCUCAACCCCGCCGACGCCAUGAAUCCUAUCGUGGGGGUCUUCUCUGGUCGUGAUAUCAACCUGGAUGAGAGGCUGGGUACCGGAGAAGGUGUCAGCGCUGAGGCUCAAGCGAGAAGCCGAGCCGCAGCGCUCGAUCCCGGUGCAUGUGCUGAGGGGUUCCACUUCAUGGUGGAGAAAUUUGUGGACAUCUUCCUCGCAUAUGACGAUCCCCACCGCGGCAUAUUUGGCAAGUGCUUACACCACUAUGGAGUCGUGGAAGCUCAAGGCCGAGGCGCCCUCCACAUGUUAAUAUGUAUACUAUGA